GUGUAUACAAACACAACCACCGUUUAACGGUUAAUUGAAUAUAUACAAAGACAAAGACAAAGACACCUCUUCCGAUCUUCAUUUCUUGAAGCAAACGACGACGUUAACUCCUACCCCACCCUACCAAUACAUUUCCUAGUUGUUGUUGCUUCAGAUCUCUACCUUCUUCUCCACUAGUAGUUAGGGUUUCAUUGUCUGAUCUCGCUUUUCUAUCUAUAUUAUUAGUAUUUCUCCAACUUAUAUACAUAUACUUGAGGAGAUUCGUACUUGUACAUCUGGAUAGAUCGAAUCAUCGAUGCGAAAAUUGAACUACGCAUCGUGAUUUGAUUUGGGUUUCUUCUGCUCUGUUGUUAAGGCAUUGGCGAUUCCCGAAUUGAAAUCCGCUUGUUUCAAUCAAAAUGGUGGCUUCUGGACCUCUUACACCUGGCCAGGUGUCCUUUUUGCUUGGAAUCAUCCCUAUAUUUGUCUCUUGGAUUUAUUCUGAGUGGCUUGAAUACAAGAAGUCUUCUUCCCCAUCUAAACUACAUUCAGACAAUAGUUUGGUUGAAUUGGAAACUGUUGCAACUAAGGAAGAUGAUCGAGUUGUUUUGCUUGAAGGAGGCCUCACAAAGUCUGCAUCAAUGAGACAACCUGCUGCUUCCAUUAAAGCAAACUUAAUUAGAUUUGUUACAAUGGACGAGUCCUUUUUACUUGAAAAUCGAGCAACCCUAAGGGCAAUGUCAGAAUUUGGGGGAAUUAUAUUCUAUUUCUACUUAUGUGAUCGAACCCAUUUGAUUCCAGAAUCUACAAAGAGCUACAAUCGGGAUCUUUUCCUGUUCCUUUACAGUCUUCUUAUCAUUGUUUCAGCAAUGACUUCUCUUAAAAAACAUGGUGACAAGUCAGCAUUUUCAGGAAAAUCAAUACUUUAUCUCAAUAGACAUCAAACAGAGGAAUGGAAAGGAUGGAUGCAGGUUCUGUUUUUAAUGUAUCAUUACUUUGCUGCUACUGAGAUAUACAAUGCCAUUCGUGUUUUUAUUGCUGCAUAUGUCUGGAUGACUGGUUUUGGAAACUUUUCCUAUUACUACAUCCGAAAAGAUUUCAGUGUUGCAAGAUUUUCUCAGAUGAUGUGGAGGCUGAAUUUUUUUGUGGCAUUUUGUUGUAUAGCUCUUAACAAUGAUUAUAUGCUCUAUUAUAUAUGUCCUAUGCAUACCCUUUUUACCCUUAUGGUUUAUGGAGCACUUGCUAUUGGAAGCAAAUAUAAUGAGAUAAGAUCAGUGAUGAUUAUGAAGCUCAUUGCAUGCUUUCUUGUUGUCAUUUUGGUGUGGGAAGUUCCUGGAGUAUUUGACUUAGUGUGGGGCCCUUUUGCAUUCAUAUUAGGUUACAGUGAUCCUGCAAAACCAGAUCUCCCUAGGUUACAUGAGUGGCAUUUUAGAUCUGGGCUAGAUCGAUACAUCUGGAUUAUUGGAAUGAUUUAUGCAUAUCUUCACCCUAAUGUUGAAAAAUGGAUGGAAAAACUUGAGGAGUCAGAUAGCAAGAGGAGACGCACUGUUAAGGCAUCCAUUGUUUCUGUAGCUGUUUUGGGGGGUUAUAUGUGGUAUGAGUAUAUAUACAAGUUGGAUAAGGUUACAUACAACAAAUAUCAUCCCUACACAUCAUGGAUACCUAUAACUGUCUACAUUUGCUUGAGGAAUUUCACUCAACAUCUUCGUAAUUACUCAUUAACUCUAUUCGCGUGGCUUGGUAAGAUCACUUUAGAGACAUACAUUUCUCAAUUCCACAUCUGGCUAAGAUCGGAUAUCCCCAAUGGACAACCAAAGUGGCUUCUCUCAUUCAUCCCAAAUUAUCCGAUGCUCAAUUUCAUGCUUACAACCGCACUCUAUGUCUUGAUAUCUUGUAGGCUUUUUGAAUUGACGAAUACGUUGAAAUCGGUUUUUAUACCAACGAAAAACGACCGACAAUUGCUUUACAAUUUUCUUGCUGGAACAACAAUUUUUGCGGGUUUAUACUUCAUUGCAUUCAUUGUUGUUCAGAUUCCUCAAUAACUUUGGCACGAUGGGGUCCAUAUUUCUUGUUUACAAACACGAAACAAAUAUACAUGGAGCACAAAAAUCCAUCUAUACAUCUAAACUUGACACGUGUCUCCAACAAUUUUGGAGAAAAUCGUGACCGUUGAUUUCCAAUAGUCUACAUAUUUGGAUGCUUUCGCCCUUUUGAAACGUUAGCGAGCAAUUAAGAUGUCAUAGUAAAAAAGUAAUUCUUUUGUAAUUUUUUCAAUUUGUGUACUUUAGUUUGUUGAAAAUGAAGCCAAAAAAAAAACAUGUAAGUAUUUGUAAUUUAGAUUUGUGGGAAAGUAUUUGGAAACAAAAAAGGAAGCCAUUGGCUCAUGUUUUGUAUUGCAUUAUUAAAGGUUCAAUAUCAUGCUUUUGGGGGUUUUUUAGUGGGUCAAA